AUGCUCGGCAUUCUACAGACACUGCAUCGUAGGAAGUUCGUUCCCGAGGAGCAACUUGUUGGAGGUUCGCCGCCGCGGUUCGCCUGCGCCGGGAGGACGCUCGGCUUCAUGCGGGUCGCCGCCGUCGAGAGCGAAGGAGCAGAGGACGACAGCAAGCAGAUGUUGGUGCUCUACCGCUACACCCGCUUCAGGGCAUCACCGGACGGCGUCGAACGGCGAGGGAGGACGAUGGAGCACCAGCUCCGGUUCAUCGCCACCGGCGACCACGCGGCAAGGUCGCUGGCGUGGGCCGGAUCGUCUCUAGGCCUGCUGAUAUACCCCGAUAUCUUGAGCAAGAAACUCCAGGAGAUCACCAAGCAGCUCCAGGAGCUAUGGUCCAGCUUGGCGUCGCAGGUGAGCGUACCGCCGGGAGCAAGGCGCGUGGAGGUGUUCGUGGACGUCGGCAUCCUCCGGCGGGCGGACUACACGCUGGCGAGCAUGGGGCACAUGUACGCCGCGCUGGAGAGCAUGGUGGCGGACCCGUGGCCCGGGCGCUUCGUCGGCAUGGAGUUGCACUUGCCGGUGCCGGUACGGUGCGGCACGGAAGGCGACGACGACGAUAGCGGCAGAAACGCAGGCGAGCGGCCGGCAAAGCGGAGGAGGGUGGACGUCGCUGGGGAGGAUUGCCCCGUCUGCUUGCAGCUGCUGGAGGGCGACGACCUCGCCGCGUGGCCCGGGUGUGGCGGCAAGCCGCACGUCUUCCAUUGCGCGUGCCUGGAGGGCGUCCUCCAGAACAGCGAGAUCUGCCCUAUGUGCAGACACAAGCUGGACAUCAAACACAAGCUAGAGUGA